GUAUCUGUUGAAAAUGCCACAGAUAAUCGCUCCUCCUUCCUCCUCACCGGCUCCCUCGACGAGACCGUCAAGCUCUGGAAAUCUGACGGGCUUGACUUGGACCGCACCAACACCGGCCACUUCCUUGGCGUCGUUUCUGAUGCUGCUCAUCCUUCCGGUUACGUUGCUGCCUCCGCUUCUCUCGAUAGCUUUGUUCGCGUAUUUGAGGUUGGUUCCAAUUCCACUAUCGUCACUCUCGAGGCGCCGCCGUCUGAGGUCUUGAAAAUGCGGUUUAAUCCCGAGGUUCAAGCGACAGAACUGUUAUGCUUUGGGAUCUCCAAAUGAGGGCAGCUGUUCAAACAAUGAUCAAGCAUAGCGAUCAGGUCUGCUGGGGUGUUGCAUUCCGACCGCAUGAUGGGGCUGGUGUGCAGGCUGGGCGACAUGCUAGUGUAUCCGAUGACAAGAGCAUCUCCCUGUACGAUUACAUUUGAAGCAGACAGAUGCAGGGAAGCAAGGACAAUGAGUAGUUUUCUAGAAAGCAAUCGGUGCCACCGCUUCAUCCAUAGCUGUUGCCCACACUAAUAUUCGUUCUACUUCUAUGUCAAGUUGCUUGUCUUUUUAGUCAUGAAUCAGCGACAUUAUUCUGUUGCCAACUUGUUAUCAGCGUUCAUUUGCUACCUAGAUUUGGAAUCAAGGGCAAUGGAGCCCAAAUUUUAUUACAGGAGAAAGAAGCGCACCGAAACUUUGAAGCCAGGCUGAAUAAUAAAAAGGGCUAUACGACAGGCUAAUA